CAAAUCUGAAUCCUAAAGCAAAUGUAGAUUUCAGUUCCUAGCUAGUUACUCAAAAGCAGGGUUGAGGUGGCAGUCUUUAUUAUGUACAGUAUCCGUGAAUAUUUAAGGUAUGUCGAAUCACUGAAACAGAAGCCUUUUUAGCUCAGUGGUAGAGCGCGUGGCUUUUAACUACGUGGUCGUGGGUUUGAUCCCCACAGACGACAUUUUUCUAACAGAUUGAAACGAUCAUUUUCGUUGAAUGGAUAUGUUUUGUGUUAUUAGAUGUAUUCUUCAAUAAUAAUAAUAAAAAAGUAUGAAUGGAUAUGUUUUUGUGUUAUUAGAUGUAUUCUUCAAUAAUAAUAAAAAAGUAUGAAUGGAUAUGUUUUGUGUUAUUAGAUGUAUUCUUCAAUAAUAAUAAUAAAAAGUAUGUAAUGUGUGUCUAUCAUAGACCUAAACCCAUGGGUUUAUCCGUGAAAAAACCCCGGUGUAAAACCCACUAGAUUUGAAAAAUUUAAAACCAAGAUGGAGACAUGAUAGAAACAUAUGCAGACCUUAUAGUAAUGGAACUUCUUCAACCAGAGAAGACCUUACCGUAAUGGAACUUCUACAACCAGAGAAAAGGGAGGAGGUGAAAUUAACAUUGUCUGAUGUUGCACUUGAACAACUCGUCGGACUUUCAGAAGUGUUUACUACCUUCAACUGCACAGUCGAGCCAAGAUUAGGACUCAACAUAUCGAGGUACACGUCUCCACUGUCCAUUCCCCCCACCCCAUUGGAUUUAGCCUGCUGCAUAUAGAAUGUUAUGAGAUGCAUAAAGUAAAACGACCAUUUUCGUUGAAUGGAUAUGUUUUGUGUUAUUAGAUGUAUUCUUCAAUAAUAAUAAUAAUAAUAAAAGUAUGUAAUGUGUGUCUAUCAUAGACCUAAACCCAUGGGUUUAUCCGUGAAAAAACCCCGAUGUAAAACCCACUUGGUUUGAAAAACUUAAACCCAAGAUGGAGACAUGAUAGAAACAUAUGCAGACCUUAUAGUAAUGGAACUUCUGCAACCAGAGAAGACCUUAUAGUAAUAGAACUUCUACAACCAGAGAAAAGGGAGGAGGUGAAAUUAACACUGGCUGAUGCUGCACUUGAACAACUCGUCAGACUUUCAGAAGUGUUUACUACCUUCAACUGCACAGUCGAGGCAAGAUUAGGACUCAACAUAUCGAGGUACACGUCUCCGCUGUCCAUUCCCCCACCCCAUUGGAUUUAGCCUACUGCAUAUAGAAUGCUAUGAGCUGCAGUUUUGAUGGCCUAUGUGUUUCAGGUUCCCUCUAAUGCCUGUUACAGGUUGCACGAGGCAACACGACGCUUAAGCCCACUGGUGGAAGUUGUCGCCUCAACGACGAGGAGAAGGAAAGUCGAGAUGCAGAAGCAUUCAUCAGGCAUAGCGAGAAUCUCAAAAAGGUUGAAAUCAAGGUUAUGGACAUUUUUUUAAACAUUUUACUCCCAAGUUGGAAGUCCGGAUUCAGUUCUGGAAGUCUAGAUUGAAGUGUUGUGUUUGGUACUGUGAUAUAGGUAGAUCUACUAGGAGAUCAGGUGGAUGCACUCUUGGGACUACUUGAGAAGAUAUAUCACAUUCUGCACCAGUAUCCACCCAUCAUGCAACAACAUUUUGAGGUAAAAGAGAGCAGUUCCCUUUCCUUGGGGGCUGAAUUUGAUGGUCUUUCCUUGUGAGUCAAGUCAUUUGUUUCAUAGUUUAUUCUUCUGUUCUAAAGGUUGGUUGUUAUCUGGUAUCUCUUCUGUGUUAUGCAGGUCUCAGACAUUCUGAUGAUGAUUAAGAGGCAGUUACAGGGCUCUUGCUUAUAGCAACAGUUUCAUGGCUCCUUGAUACAUUUAAUCAGAAAGGGCAACCAACUUAAAUUUUCGCAUGUUUUGCAGGUUGUUAGUGAAUGCUCCAAUCAAUUCGAGCCCGAAUUAGCUACCUUGAUCCAACGAUGUUCUCAUGAUCAUUUGUAACCAACUUACCGCUUCUAUUUUCUUUCUCUUUUCAUAUGAGUGUGGCCAAUAAAGAUUUAUUUCACAUGCAUACAAAUCUAAUUAACAAAAUCUCAUCAUGAUAUCUAUGAAAGAAAUGAUGGUGUUUUUCUAAUCACAAUGAAUCCAAAUUCUUCAUCUAUCUAUAGUUUCACCUAAACCUUCAUUUUUUCAAGAUCAUAAAGCAGACAACCCGAAAAAAUAAGAAAACUAGACCAAACGUAUGUAUGAAACUGGCUCUGUUUUAUUAUCAUUGUAGAUUAUGUGAGAUACAUAUGGAGUGAUUCUUUCAACCUUACAUUGAUCAUCCACUCCAACUCAAUGAAUGAUUGCAAAGAGAAACACAUAUUAUUUAUACAUAUCGUGACACAUGGACCAGUUUCAAUACAUAUAAAAUCAAACAAUCCAGAACGAGACCAGUGAGUUUGAAAAUGUAACUACAUUUUCUCAGUUUUAUAGGAGACGAGGAGCUGAUAGUUCUCUCAUUUUGUCACUAUGUUUUAGUAGUUUCUUAGUAGGCAAUCCAAAAUCCGCCUCCACGACUAGCUGCUAUUCUUAGAGAUCAUACGAUGGGCGUUAGUUUUGAGCGGCAAACUGUGUCCCUCUCUUCUCCGAGUUCUACUUAAUCCCCUGCAAUUCUCUUUCUCGGCCUCUGGUAUUCCUAUAAGCAAAAAAAGAAAAACAAUAUUGUCGACAGCUCGAAGUUGAAUCCUGAAUCUACAAAAUAACAGUAAUUAAGAUACUGACCGAAAACUUUACGUUUUAGUGGGUACAAUUUUUUUUUCUCGAAUUAAUGAACUUGAAGUUAUAAUAACAAUAGAACGAUAUAGGCAGAUUGUUAUCGAACCACAAAAGUAGGUUACGCAUCAAACUCUCAUCCCUUUUACUUGGUUGUUUUGGAGAUUGAAUUGGAGCAGUGUUUUGCCAAUUUAGAUUAUUUUCCAAGGGAAAUAUUACGAAGUCCAAACUUAGACGCUCACAAAUCACAAUACCUUACGUUACUUCUAAUUUCACAGAGAAAAAUAGAUGUAAAGUAGAAGGACGAAUAUAGCCUUCCUUAAAAUGCACAAAGAUACCUGCCUUCUAAUCUAAUCACAUCCUCUCGUGGAAUCUUCUUAUAUUGGUGUGUCGAUGCAGAUGUAGAAGAUCCAUUCCAACGCAAUGAAUGAAUGCAAAGAAAGAAAAAUAAUUAUUUAUAUAUAUAUAUCGUGGAACCCAUGGGCCGGUUUCAAAUUUCAAUACAUAUAGACCAGACGAUCCAGAAGGCGACCAACAGCGGAGUGGUUGGGCUUUGAAGCUCCCCGCGUUGCAUCAGUUCGAUGGCCCACCACGCGGCCGAUCAAAAUCAGGACCACGAUUUCGAAUUGAUCGAUCUCUCCCCCUUCUUCGCUACUCCCGGCGCCGGCGGUGAUCUCGCUGUUGCAAAGGAGAAGGAGGCGGCGAUAAGGCGAAUCCGCGAAGCAUGCUCCGACUCCGGCAUGUUUCUGAUAGUCAACCACGGGAUCCCCGUGGAAGCGCUGGACGAAACCCUGGCGGUCGCUCGCGAGUUCUUCGCUGGUCCCGACGAGGAGAAGCUCAAGUGGAGCCCGCGGCCGCCGGAGCCGGGUGCGGCUUCGACGUUGCCCAUGGGGUACGUCAAUCAGGCGGCGGUGGAGUCCGCUCGCAAUAAUAGCGAGGUUUUCAGGAUGGGUCCGACCGGCUCUGGCCCUGGCUCCACCGUCUACCCGACCAACCCGACACGGUUCAGGGAGAUCAUGGAGAGGACAUUUGGGUACUUUGUCAAGACGGUGGCGCCAUUGAUAGAAACUCUGAUCAACGACGCUCUGGGCCUCCCUCCAGAUCUCCUGCACCAAUACAACAGCGAGAGGCAGUGGGAUAUAUUGCUAGCUUACCACUACUUCAAGGCCACAGAGAACAAGAAAGUCGGAUCGUUCCCACACAAGGACCCAAACCUCUUCACCGUGGUGCUGCAGGACGACGUCGGAGGGCUCGAGUUCCUCCGCGGCGACGGCCGGUGGAUCCCAGUCUCUCCCGUCCCUCACUCCCUCGUCCUCAACAUCGGGGACGUCAUCGAGGUGCUGAGCAACGGAGAAUUCAAGAGCGUGGCACACAGGGUGGUGUCGUCGAGGGAGAAGGACCGGUACUCGCUCGCGUUCGGGUAUCAGAUCGGCGGGAAGAAGUGGGUAGAGCCGUUUGCAGAGUUGACGGGGCAGAGCAGCAAGGCGAUGAACAAGUUCAAAGGGUUCCAUUACAAUGAACUCCUGCAGCUGCUAGGGGAGAUGUAUAAACCGAAUCUGGAUCCGAAUGAUGCAUUCGCCGUCAUGGAAGUGAUAAACCACUACGCUCUUCCUGAUUGAACCUUACCUUCCUGCUGCCACUGCACCAAAUUGAUGAGCUUUAUGGCAGGCCUUUUUUGCUUCCUAUGGUCGUGUGCUCUGUUCUUCUCCAACGUGCUUGAGUAUAAAUUGGAGUCGGUUUGCAAUGAGUAUGUGUUUAAUGAUACUCCGGUCCAUUUUCGUCGAAGUUCUUCUUUACAUAAAUUAGAAUUCAACGAAGUAGUAUGUGAGUAUGUUUAAUGAGUAUAUUAUAAAAUGUGGCUCAAGAAUUCAACUAAUGUUCAAUCUGAAUCCUAAGCAAUGGAGAUUUCUGUGCCUAGCUUAGCUAGUUACUCAAAAGCAGGGCAAGGUAGCUGCUUUCAUCUUGUAGAGUAUAAAAUUUUGUAGGGUUAUAGAUAUAAUAUGCCGAUCUAUUAUGUAGUUUUAUCAAACAUGUCCCUCUAUUAUUUUUUACAUCAAACAUAUCCCUAUACUUUGUAAAAAUGAUCAAACAUGCCCUUCUGCUUAAUUUUGUAUCCAAAAACCAUCAACCAUGGUCGAACCUUGAUUUGGGCGACACCUAUGUCUAAAAACCUUCUAAUAAUUUCACUUUAGAUUGUUUUGUUUCUUUUUUAUAGUCAAAUAGCUCUAAUAAUAUCACUUUAACUAGACCUAGAGAAAUGAAUGAGGAGAAAAAACUGACAUUUCAACCACAAUUUUUCCGAUGUCGGGUUGUGUGAAUCUCGGUUCAACUGUGGUUGACCAUUUUUUAAUGGAAAUUUUAACAUAAGAGGAUAUUUGAUAAUUUUUUCUAAGUAUAGGGGCAUGUUUGAUGUAAAAAAUAGUAGAGGGACAUGUUUGAUAAAAUUGCAUAGUAGAGGAGCAUAUUAUACCUAUAAUCGAAAUCUAUACAGAUUACUUCCGAUUGCUCAAACAGAAGCCUUCUUAGCUCAGUGGUAGAGCGCGUGGCUUUUAACCACGUGGUCGUGGGUUCGAUCCCCACAGACGGCGUUUUCCGUGAGAAUGAAGCUGUAAUCUUUUCUUUUCACUAAAUCUUUAUCCUACAGUACAGCCAGCAAUGGUGGAUUGCAGACAGACAUGCAGUUUAAGUGAACUGUAAAAGGUUAAGUGAACUGUAAAUAAGAGGUGAAGAUCUAUCGAUCAUUUGGUUAAUUUAUAAUUAUAUUUAAAAUAUUAAUUCGAUUUGUUGGCCGGAUUAAUUUUAUUUUGAUAAAUCUCUUCAUGGUUUUAAAUAAGAUGAUGUUUCUAAAAUAAUUAAUUCAUUAUUUCAUAGUAAUCUUUAUGGUAUUUGCUGAUUAUGACAUAACCGAUAAUGAGUUAAUAUGUACUUUUUUUAUCAAGUCCUUCUAAUUUACUGUUGUGUAUUUUUUUCAUAUCUUAGAAGAAAUUUGUUGACUUUUUAUAAUCGGAUAUAAAGUUGGAGUUGAAACAAAAUAUAUGUCAUCUAGAAUGGUAGGAAUUGAAUGUAUAUAAAAAAAUCAAAAGAAUAACGAAAAGAUUAUACCUAGAAAUCUCAAAUAUGAAAGAACACGAAAACAUAAUGCUUAUUGUAUAAAUUAUUGGAAUUUGGUGUAUAGCCUUGAUUGAAUAAUAAGUCGAGACUGUUAAGUAUUAGAUACUAAUGCACGCACAAAAGUUACGAAAAAUCAACUUAAUAAAACCUUAAAUUCUACUCUAUUAAUACAAUCUUUGACUUUUUCAUGUGGAGUUAAUAGCAUAAAUUGCCACACUAUUAUCCAUUUUUCUCAAAUAUAUCCCUUUUAUUUUUCACAUCAAACAUGCCCUUGUAAUAGAUAAUAUAUACGUAUUAUCAAAUUAAAUUUAAUCCGUUUUAUGGCUUAUUUCUCCAUCUGCAACUCCCAAUAAUUAAUAGCCACAAUCUCAUCCUCCAUCUGUCUCGCUUUCUCUUCCUUCAACCUAACAAUAAUUAACGCCAAAACUU